AUGUCGCUCGCCUUCCUGCCUUCUUGGUUGGUGGGCAGCCCAGAUUUCCCGACGGGGCAGCUCUACCUGUUGGUCACUCUCUUCCUGGCGGAGAUGGUGGGUAGCCGCCUGACGGCCUCACUCCUUCUGCAGACCUGUGCCUUCCACACCUUGGAAGGCGUGCUGGCCUUGGCGGUCCGCGCGAUGGACGCCCGCCUCGGCGCGGAAGGCGCUUACGCCAGCUGGAAGAACACCUUUGGGUGGUUGCGAGCGCCCGUCGCCGGCACGCUGGUCAGCGCCAUCUUGCUAAGCGCAUUGUACCUGGCUCUGGUGGCGGAGGGCCUUCGGAGGUUGGCAGAGCCCCGGCUCACCCAGCACCCGCUGGCGCUGAUGGGCAUCGGGGCGCUGGCCAUCCCCAUCCAUCUGGCGAGGGAAGGUUUGCCCUGGAAGACACCCGCGAAGAUGGACGUCGGGCCCUGCUGUGGCCGGCAGAGGCUGAUGCCAACGGCGAAGCAGGAAACGGAAGAUCUUCUGGGCCACGGAUUGUCCACCAACAGUCAACCGUGGCUGGUCAAAGAGAAGGAGGGAAAUACUGCGUUGGCCGCAGGACCGUGGCGGAGGCUUUAUCUCAGAUGGAUGGUGGCUUGUUUUGCCCCCGUGGUGGUCUUCCUGCAUUCGCUCACAAUCCACCUCUGGUGGACUCCGUGCCCAGGACACGCGACGUGUCUCCGUCCCUGCCCAAAGAAUCCGUGUCAAUCUUGGGGAACGUCUGACGUCCUGCAACCUCUGUCCGUGGACUGUUGGAUGCUCUACGUGGAUCCCGGACUGGCGAUGGUGGUCGCCGUGGCCUUCCUGUUCGUAAUCUGGCCCACCGUGCGGGCCUCCGCCCUGGUCCUCCUCCAAGCCACGCCAGAAGACCUGGACCUGUGGCUCCUGGAGAGACACCUCCACGCCACGGAAGGGGUGGUCGCCGUGCGGGAGCUCCGGGUCUGGCAGCUGGACGGCGGCAGCCGUUUGGUGGCCACGGCCCAGGUGGUCUGUCUCGACGUGGCCGCUUUCGAGUCGGUGAUUCAGAGGGUCAAGCAAGUGUUCUGUGAACACGGUGUCCACGCCGUCACGGUGGAACCAAACUUGGGGGUGGGCCCAAAUAAGGAACAGCGGGAAGGGUCUGGCCAGGGACCCCAUAAGAGGCAGCUGUGUCCAGAUCCUGCAGAGAUGCUGGAGUUUGAGACCUGUGUAUGA